UCUGACCCAUCGGAUCGCACGGGGCCGGCUCUGUUGACCCGUAUAUCGUUUAAAGCCAACCCAUUUGGCCCAUUGCCCUCGACUUGGGUCGGGUCAGUAACCCAGCGGGCCGACCCGACCCAUUCCCAUCUUGAGUUGUUGGAGUCAAGUGUUGGAGGCAGGCAACGGUGAGCUCAUUGGAGGUGGUGGAUGAAGCGGAGGUAGUCACUGUAGUUGGUUCGCGCGAGAAGAACGAGAGAUAUGGAUUAUGGAUUUUUUAAUUGCCUCGGUGAAUUUGGCAUCCGAGCAACUACUUGCUUCGGUUCCCGAAAUAUUUUUAUGCCACCGAUUGGGUAAUGGAGGGCACCCGUGUCAAAUGAAGUAAAAGUCAAUUUAGCACCGGUUUUGGCCUACAUAGUGGACUAGUGGUGGGUCUAAUAUAGCAUCUGUUGAGACCUUCCGGACCUUUCCUCUCUGUUAAAAAAAAUGAGGAUGCCAAAAUGUACUUAAACAAUCACAAGUAGCCACAUUUGGACCAUUCAGCUAUAAAAAAUCACAACUAGCGACCAUCCAAAGAAAAUACGUAGAACCUACCACCAAGAACAAUACUCACGCUCACACAUAGUCUGCCAACAAUUGCAUCAAGCUAGCUAGCCGGCCAAUUAUUUAAAAGCCGGCCAAAAAAUAUAUAAAAAAGUUAUGCAUUGGUUCCGAUCAAAAGUCAAAUGUUCUCUGAAAUAGAAGAUGCUUUUCUUCACCACUAAUUUCAGCAUAAAGUGCUGCAGAUGAUGAACUGAUCGGCAUAUGCAAGUCAAGCAAAGCUAUAGCUCGAGAUGGCAGCGGAGCCUCUCUCCAAUGGCGCCGCCCACCAGUCAGUGCCUGGACGCUACAUACUCCCCGUGCACAAGAGGCCGUCUUAUUCCGCCAAUGGCAAGGUGGCGCCGCCGAUGCUGCCUGUAGUUGAUCUCGGCGGAGACGACGACGGCAGGAUCGCCGAGGAGAUCAUCCGCGCGGGGCGGGAGUUCGGUUUCUUCCAGGUGGUCAACCACGGCGUGCCGGAGGAGGUAAUGGGCGCCAUGAUGCGCGCGGCCGAGGAGUUCUUUGGACUGCCGGCGAAUGAGAAGAUGGCAUACUACUCGACCGACGGCAAGCAGCUCCCGCGGUUCCACACGAGCGUCCGGAACGGCGCCGGCGAGGAGUUCCUGUACUGGCGGGACUGCCUCAAGCUCGGCUGCCACCCGCCGGAGUGGCCGGACAACCCGCGCGGGCUCGGGGCGGCGCUGGAGCCGUACACGGCCGCCGUGAUGGCGGCGGCGCGGCGCGUUCUGCGCCUCGCCGCCGUCGGGCUGGGGCUCGGCGAGGAGCACUUCGAGGGGUCGCUCAGCGGCGGCGCGAUGAUGAACGUGAACCACUACCCGCCGUGCCCGGACCCGAGCGUCACCCUCGGCAUCGCGCCGCACUGCGACCCCGGCCUCGUCACCGUGCUCAUGGAGAACGUCGGCGGCGGCCUGCAGAUGCUGGUCCACGACGACGGCGACGCAGGCGGCGGAGGAACGAUGUGGGUGGACGUGGACGCCGCGCCGGGGGCGCUGGUCCUCAAUUUUGGGCAUCAGAUGGAGGUGGUCAGCAACGGGCGCCUGCGCAGCGGCGAGCACCGCGUCGUCACCGGCGCACGCGUCGCGCGGACCUCGCUGGCCUCGUUCGUGUGGCCCGAGCUUUGGUGCACCGUCGCGCCGGCGCAGGAGCUGGUGCUGGACGCAGGCGAGGGCCCUCUGUACAGGCCCUACUCCUACGGCGAAUUUCUCGGUGUGUACGUCGCCGAGGCUGGGGACAGGGACGCCGUCAUGGCGCAUUUCAAGCACUGAUCACUUGUCGGCUUAAUUUUCUGUACAUGCAUGUUUUUUGGAUAAUAAUUCUUCUUGUAUUACGGACAGAAUUUUAAGGUUUACAAUCUCGUCUUCCAAUGUGUAUGACGCCCGCUAGACUAGAAACAAAAACAAGCCACACCGCGGUCUGGCAUUGGGUUCUACCGCAGUUCGCCAUAGAUUAACGACUAGGUCUCAACAUCUUACAAGGUCUCAAUGUAGUUUUUGUAUUACUCAGAUUGGUC